AUGGAUGAAUUGAUAAUCCAGCUUUACGGUAAUCUUGGAGAAUAUCUUUCCUUCAGUCCAUCAUCCUUUCUCAAGCAUAUUUUCUACACCACCAAAAAAGAUGACCACUUUGGCUGCUGGCUUGAACUUCCAGACGGGAUUAUGGAGAACAUCUUCCUGCGCCUGAAUCUGGUCGACCGCGUUCGCUCCGGCGGCGUCUGCAAGUCGUGGAGAUCAGUAGUACUUGUCAUGCACAAACGCAUUGGUGUUGAUGAUCCCCAGCUCCCGUGGCUGCUUCUCCCUCGCAGCCAAAGCUGCAAAUCCUUAAGCUUCUUCAGCAUGUCUGAAGGCAUAGUUCGUAAUAUAAAGCUACCUGAGGCGGCAGAGGGAGGAUGGUGUUUUGGAUCUUCCAACGGUUGGUUAAUGAUGGCUAGAGGAACGGAAGAUGAACCGGAAGUUUUUCUCGUCAACCCGUUGUCAGGAUUUCAACUCAUUCUUCCAUCAUUGACAACAAUAUUCCCAUACUAUUACGAUCACGUUGAUGCCGCCCGGGAUCCGGAACGCUUUGCAUUUUUUAUUGAUACGAUGAAAGUAUCGUGUGGAGAGCCAUCGGAAGACUGUAUUGUUGCGGCGACGAUGAAUAAUUCAAAAAUAUUAGCUUUUUGCAAGCCGGGUGACAAGGAAUGGAGCGUCUGGGAAGGAGGAGUAAAUUAUGAUGAUGAGGAGAGUUGUUUUUACUUGGACAUCAUAUUUUUUGAAGGGAGGCUGUUUGUUUUAGUAGGCAUGGAGAUGGAGAUGGAUGGGAUUCCGGCAGCCGGUUUUGGAAGCAGUUAUUCCACGUGCAUGGAAGUGGGGAACUGGGAAGUGAUGUUGACUGUAAUUCCAUAUUCUGUUUCGGAUAUCAUUUUCGACCCGGCUGUGGAUAUUGAAGAUAUGAUUGCCAGGGAAAAUGGGGUUCUUGAGAGGGCGGGAAGGAAUUUCAACUUGGUGGAAUCCGACGGUGAAUUGUUGAUGGUCGUUGCAUUUGUCGAUGUUCACUUCACUGUAACAGUUGGUGAUGACGACGACGGCGGGGGGUUCGAUGACGGGGAGGAGGAAGAGUACGAGGACGGCGGCGGGUACGAUGACUGGGACGAGGAAGAGUACGAGGAGGAAGACACAGCGUUUUGUUUUGUUUACUUCAAAACAAGCAACUUUGGAGUGUACAAGGUUGGUUGUUCGACAAAGCUAACGAGUAUAGGUGAUAAAAUGUUGUUUCUGUCAAAAGGGGAAUCGGUAUCUGUUUCGGCGGCGGAUUUCAAAGGGUAUAGUGGGAAUCUGAUUUACUUUUUAGAAGAUAAUGAUUAUAGCUUCGAAGAUCAUGAUCCGAUCGUUGCUCGUGAAUCCGGCGUCUUCUACCUUGACGACGAGAGGAUAGAACGGUCUUUUCAUAGUACUCUUCCGACGGAGUGUCCCACGUGUUGGUUUACACCGCGUAUAUCUAUCCAUGGUUAA